AUGAAAUUAGCUAGCACUAUUGUAAACAUAGUCUUAUUAGCAGGAUGUUGUGUUUUAUUAAUUUUAACUGUUGCUGGGGGUUCAUCUAAUCAUUUCCCCUUUAAUGAAUUUUAUUGGUUGAGAGCCGAUACUUCAAAUAUAAGACAUGCUCCAAAUUUAUCAGCUUGGACUUUCUGGGGGGUUUGUGAAUACCGUGAUUUCUCGUCAUGUACUUUAGGACCAGCUUAUCCAAUUUCUCCUGUUGAUAAUUUCUCAACUGAACAAAACGUUCCAAAAGAUUUUGUUGAUAACGAAAAGACUUACUAUUACUUAACUAGAUUCUCAUUCGGUUUCACCUUUGUUGGUUUAUGUUUUGCUGGUAUUGCUUUAUUAAUUGACCUUUUAGGUUUAUGUUUCGAAAUUGUUGAUAAAGUUGUCAUGGUUUUCGUUACUUUAGCUUUAAUAUUCGUUGGUGGUACUGCUGGUAUGCAAACUGCUGCUGCUGUUAUGGCCAGAAAUGCUUUCCAAGGUGAUGACUUAAAAGCUCAUGUUGGUGUUAAAGCUUUCGGUAUUUUAUGGGGUUCUGUUGGUUGUUUAAUCAUUAUCUUUUUCAACACUUGUUUUGGUAAUAUCUCAAAUUCUUAUAGAAAACAUAUCACUAAAGUUCAAGAAACUAAAGACGAACAUUACGUCCCACCUCAAGGUGAUAACGAUGCUUCUUCAUUCACCAGAAAUGUUGAAGAACCAAAAGAAGAAAAUAAUGGUGGUAUUAGAUUCUUCAAAAUCAAGAGAAAUAACAAAGUUUCUGAUGAAGAAAGUGUUUAA